AUGUUCUCUCUACGAUUCUUCGUUUUCGUUUUCUUUCUCACUGGAAAUCUUCUUGGUUUUGUUUAUCAACCGGAUACCAAAUCCACAAUCACCAAUGAGAUCAUUUCAAAUAAAUUAGGAAAUGAGCAAGAAGUCGAAGGUGUCAUCAUUCGCUCCUUGAACGAGUUGUUGAUUGCGGUUCAUUCCCGCAAUUAUGACAAAAUCAAAAAUCUUUUGCAUGCCGAUUUCCGUUAUAAGGGAUGCGAUUCAACAGAAAACAUAGAAACCUACACUCGUGCUUUUACGCUUAUGCCCAAAGGAAUAAUCCUUUCUUUCAAACUGGCUUCGUUCGGCGCAGACAACACAACUGCUUCUUCUAUUGCAUUCAAGGCCGUUUUCACAGCGAAAAUAGAAGAAGAAGAACGUACAGGAUUGGUUCAAAUGACUUUGGAUAAGAAGUUGAUGGUCUUCACUGAAGGACAAACUAUUGAUUGCUAA